AGGGCAGAGCACUCGAUUAUACCAAUACCGAUUCUGACGAAGAAUGUGAAAUGCAUGUAUUUGGCAAGCCGUAUCAAGCAAAAUAAGCCAGCAGGUAAGGUAUCUAUUAUCACCUUACCAAUAGUGUUUUUGUCUUACCAAUAGUGUUUCCAAAUUCAUAAGGGAUCACUCCCCCCGGCCAGAGAGCUGAUCGAUCUCUGAUUGGCGCGUCCUCUUGUCCCUCAACGGCGUCCGAUUGCGCCAUUGGAAAGCGCAUAUCAAAUUCGUGAACUUCGAUAUCCUCACCUGCGGAAAAAAAUGAAUGUGAUAAAUUGAAUUCGCGGUCCACUUUCUAGACCAUUUGAAAACUACUUAGAGGAAUUAAUUUGCAAUAUAAUAACUAUCCGAGGAGAGGGGCUAUCGAAUGGGUACCAUCCAGUGAUCAGAGCGACCAUCCAGUGAUCAGAAUAUUCUAUUGUCUUUUCAUUGUUUUGAAAAUCUCACUGUUCUCCAUGUCAUCCAGUCACGAUCUAGUGAUCAGAAUGUUCCAUUGUCUUUUCAUUGUUUUGAAAAUCUCACAUGUCAUCCAGUCACGAUCUAGUGAUCAGAAUGUUCCAUUGUCUUUUCAUUGUUUUGAAAAUCUCACUGUUCUCCAUGUCAUCCAGUCACGAUCUAGUGAUCAGAAUGUUUCGUUGUCUUUUCAUUGUUUUGAAAAUCUCGCUGUUCUCCAUGCCAUGCGAUCACCCGUUUGUGAAAAGGGAAUGCGAUUUCGGUUUCGACUGCAAAGUUUGCUUGUUCUGUUCAUUAUCUUCCAUAAUUACAAUAAAGGGUUUGGAAAGCACAACGUCAAUAAAGACUUAUCAUUUCUCAUCCAAAGUUAACCAAAAUUCAAUCAACCUGUCUCUGGGUAAUGUUCAUUACUCGCACGAAUUUUUGUGUUCAUACGUUUGAUAGUUUCUGAGUUAUCAUGCUCAGUGACAAACACACAUAUAAACACACAUAUUGACCGCAUUAUAAUCAAAUAGACUCUUAGUAAUGUGCCUUUUUCCUGCACCCAAAAAUUUAAGUGUUUUUUCUUGUCGCUCUUGCAGUUCUAACUUGCAAGCGACGAGAUGCCUUCCACAAGAAAAUAUUUAACAGCAGAAAAGAGUCCGAGCCUAAAAAAGCGCACACUAAAAAUGCGUUUAACUAGAAAUCGCGCGCGGGAAUGUCAAAAGCGCGCAAAAAAUUCAAUCUAGUUCAUUAGCGCUACGCGAGUAACCCUCCCCCCGGAUUCGAUAUUUUCGUUUGACAGAUGGAAAAGCCAUCACGGUUGAACCCAGCAUUUAAUCGGGCGAGCCCCCUGUUGGUUGCGGCGCGUUUGAGACACUUACGGAAGCACCGUCUUUACACUAACAAUAUUUUUGCGUAAGCAACGCGCAAUAAAACAUCCUUCGAGAGCUUAAUUUGCAUAAAAAGCAUCCGUACGAAAACAAAGAGGCAUAGUCUAGGAUCUGUAAUAACAUUUACCCGUGGGAAAGUUUAGAGACCAUUUUUGUGCUUUAGAAAUGUUAUACUUGACCCGGAUCAAAAGAGAUAAGAGUUGAUAGUCACACGAGCUUGGUUAGCUGUUUUUAAUGCUUUUCCAACACUACCAUGUAUUCUAUUGAAGUUAAAACAUAGUUGGAACACUCGUCAAACCUUUAUUUUGUUGAAUCUAGAGCUUGAAAUGUCCCCUGUAACAAUGCGUGACUACAAAAUCUUAUCAACUCUCGUUCGACGAAGCUUACGUUUUUUAUGCUAAAAUAUGGUGACAGACAGGAUUUAGUGUAGAUGCGUUUUUUGUCGAUGUAAUUUUCGUAAGCAAAUUUAUAUACAUUCUAGACCUAAGCCACCUAUUAAAGAACGAGCAGCUGGGAAAAAUGCAACCAUGCCCUCUGGCAGGAAUUGAAAAUGCGGCCCUACGAUUCCGGUGCAGCGCUGUAACCAACUGAGAUACACUACAUAGACUAGUUGCUAAGCAUGCCAUUCAUUGACCACAAAAUCAUGUAUAUGUUAUGAGCGAUGCCAGUAUGAAAUGUGUAUAACUUUGCGCUCAAAUACUCUAUCUACAAAAAGGAAUAGCAGACCUACCAAGUCUCCCGCAUCUGGCGGAAGACUUUGGAGUCAUUAACCAUCUCCCUCCCACAUGAAGACAAUUUGAAGAAAUCUCCCACAUUCCUUAUGUUUUACCUGUAACACAAUAGUGUUGGGAGUGCUCACAGAACAAACUAACAAAUUAUCUAGACACAUGUCGAUAGAUAUGUGUUGCACACUGCUGAUCAAAAGUGCUCUGAAUGCAAUCUAGUUUCAAGGUUCUCUUAAAAUGAAGCGCUCACAGCAAUCCCUUAGUCUCUGCUAGAGAUUUCAUUGAGCUCAUGUUUAUAUUAGAGGGUUUAAGCUUCGCGUUAUACGUCAAACGGCAGGCGAAGAAAAAUUUCACGGUAUCAGGCAAUAAAGAGUAAAUGAACUUGCUGCUUUAAAACCGAAAUGCAUAAUUAUUCUUUCGACGCAAGAAAGAAAAUAUGAAACGAAAACGUUCAACGAAAAUUUUUGCCAAGAAAAUUCGAACCCGCCGUUUGCCGUUCUCGGAAACGUGAAGCUUAAACUCCCUAUUGUCAGCCCACGUCCUAUACUCAGAAAAAUCACAAAUCUUCCACAUUUUAUGCAGGAAUAGAAUCGUGGUGAAACGCACAUGCAAUAAGUGAUAAGCUUUGCAAUUUUUGCCAUAAUCUCUGUUAAAAAAAAGAGGGGGAAACAGUGAAACACACACAAUGCCAGGGUCAAUUGAAAAAGGGUCAAAUUUGAAUGUGUCGCACCUCGCAAAUUGUAUAAAUGACGUCAGUAGAAAUUGACGGAGUAUAAUUCAAUAAAAACAAUCACUUAUAACGAUGAAAACUGUUUACGCACUUCUCCUGCAGUUAUUCCAGAAAUCUCUAGAUUUCUAGCUUACAUAAACAGGAUUUUAUUUCCAAAUAUGUACAAAAACAAAAGCGUAUCCCUGGCCAACGUUAACGUAUAGUUUCACAAAUUAGCAGAUUUAAGUUCGGCUGUUUGGAUAAUUUCAAGAGUUUUUGGAAGGGAAUCAAAUAUGUAAGGAUCGACGAGGGUUCGAAAGUCAAAGAUAAUUAGUUUGAAUCUAAAAUACAUUUUUUAUGACUUAGUAUAUUAAGACGAGUUGAUGUGAUAUCUACACCCACACAAAACGUGGGAUAGGAAUGACCUAUUUUAGAACUGAUAGGCACACAGAAUAAAUAAUAUUAUUUCGAAUUUCCUUUUGUAGUAACACUGAAGCAAUAAAAGACAGACCUUACUGAAUCUCUAGGGAGAAUAGUUUAGAACUGAUAGAGCUAUCCAGUAUAAAUAAAGUUAGUUUAGUUUAGGUUUCCUCCUGUAGUAACACUGGAUCAAUAAGAGAUGAUCCUAUCUCUCAUACCUAUCCCACGUUUUGUUUGCGUGUAAAUAUUACAUCAACUCAACUCGUCUUAAUUAAUCUACUGGACAUCUAGGAAGAACAAUUUAGAACUGAUAGAACUAUCCAGUAUAAAUAAAGUUAGUUUAGUUUAGGUUUCCUCCUGUAGUAACACUGGAUCAAUAACAGAUGAUCCUUACUGGACAUCUAGGAAGAACAAUUUAGAACUGAUAGAGCUAUCCAGUAUAAAUAAAGUUAGUUCAGUUCAGUUAGGUUUCCUCCUGUAGUAACACUGGAUCAAUAAGAGAUGAUACUUACUGGACAUCUAGGAAGAACAAUUUAGAACUGAUACAGCUAUCCAGCAUAAAUAAAGUUAGGUCGCGUGCGCCUAUAGCGCCAGUAACCUGCUAAGCAUGUAGUUUGAUUUAUUUUAUCAUAGCUUGAGAUUUCCGUCUUGGUUGUAUUUGUAAUCCUUCAUCGAGCCUCCAUGGUUCAUGCUGCGUUUCAACAUGUUCAACAAUUUUUGCUUUUCCUCUCGCCUUUCCGCGCAAUCAUUGUUGCCAAGUUCAGUCUGUUCAUAGUAAUUUCGUUAAAAAAAAUUUCGUUUGGGAGUCAACGGAUUCCACGCAAAUUAUGCAAAUGUUGCGUGAAUUAUGCAAAUGAUGCGUGAAUUAUGCAAAUGAGUUGUGAAUUAUGCAAAUGAGGUACGCGAAUUAAUAGAAUUAUGACAUGUGGAUUAAGCAAGAUUGGGGGUUUCUGUUUCCAAGGUCGCGUGCCGUGUUUUGUUCCUUAAAUAAUUCGAACUUUUAACAUUGCUGUGGGCCAGCCUCACACCAAAUAAAGUAAAUUUAAAAAUAUUUUAGAAUCAAAUGAUGAAAUAUUCCUUCAACAGAGUCGCCCAAAACUCCGUUGGUUAAAUUGUAUAUUUUAUAUAUUUGGUUAUUAUCAGGCCGGGUUAUUAUCACCUAGCUUUGUACCAAGAAAUUAGCAUAAAGCGCAAACUAUAUGCUAAACACCUGAAUAUUACUAGGAAUAUUGAAGCCAUGUAAAGACUAAAGUGCGAUAUAUUUUGUUCUGUGAUUCACUUUAUCUAAUUUUUUUACAGCUUUCAAAGGGGUUGUAUAUUUCUUUAAUAUAUUUGAAUGUGGAAUGAAGAACAUUUUCAUAUCUUCCCGUAACAAAGUAAAGCACUGACGCAAAUUAUGAUAAUUAGUUUCAGUGUUUCACUUUGGGCCGUAGUUUGUCACUGAUUUAGAUAACGUUGAGUUUAAUGAGCACAUUUUUUACUGCGUAUCGUGCAACGUAUCACGAAAACACGCGAUGUAUGCAGAUAAAGGAAAAACCAUACUUGACGCAUUGUGUGUUAAUUUAACAAAAAAAUUGCGCAACGUUGGCUGCUAUUAAAAAUUGCGUCUCCACAUGCCUGUCAAUGCAUAAACUGCGCAAUGCGCCAUUUAUGCAUCCUAACAGUGUGGUCCUGAGCUGCCCAGAGGCGUUUUGGAGGGAGCAAGGGAAAUGGAGUCGCGUUGCGGAACGAUUUUCCAUUUUCCAUUUGAUGCGCGCUGCUGCGACAGUCGAUUGAAUCAUUAGUACAUGAAUUUUAUAAUAUACCAGGCACACUUCACUGGCAGGAACUUCUCAAAUUCUUCAAAAGAGUUUCCGGACGAAAGGAGAACCCUGUGAUGUGAGAAUGGAUGUUAUUAUUAGCGAUCUUUCCUUUCAGAAAUUACGGUGGUGAAAACUAGAUCCGAUAUGAAUAAUUGGUGGUGAAAAAUUAAACUAAACUAAACUGACGUUAUUUAUACUGGGUAGCUCUAUCAGUUUUAAACUGUUCUUCUUAGAGGUGCAGUAAGGAUCAUCUCUUAUUGAUCCAGUGUUACUAUAGGAGGAAACGCAAACUAACUUUAUUUUACUGGAUAGCUAUGUUCUCUAGACUAGAGAGUUCCAGCAACAGCCAUCCCUUAAAUAGAACUGUUGAUUGUGCCGCGGAUGAUAAUUUAUUUGUGCUUGCGUCUGACACCCCUUGUGCGCGAUAAUAGAAUACAAACAUGCUCACUGGGCAAAAUUUAACUGGACUAGUGUAGUGAUAUUCGAGAUGAUUCGUAAUAAAAAUCACUGAUUAAAACUAACUUCAUUUAAUAUACUGGAAAGUUCUUAUCAGUUCGAAACUGUUCUUCCUAGAGGUCCAGCAAGUAUCAUAUCUCAUUGAUCUGUGCACAGUGUUACUACGGGAGGAAACCUAAACUAAACUAACUUUAUUUACACUGGAUAGCUCUAUCAGUUCUAAAUUGGUCUCCCUAGAGGUCCAGUAAGGAUCAUCUCUUAUUGAUCCAGUGUUACUAGGCUACAGGAGGAAACUUAAACUAAACUAACUUUAUUCAUACUGGAUAGCUCUAUCUCUUCUAAACUGUUCUCCCAAGAGGUCCAGUAAGCGUACUGCAGAAAUGUAAAUGUACUUGCCUAACAACUGCUGGGCCACCAACACACUCUUUUGUCAGCCAAAAAGAUAAAAGUGAUAAUUUCAAGAUUGUUUUGAUAAAUAACAAUGGAUUAACGGGCCAAUUAUAGCGCACAGAAAAACUAGAUAUAAGCAGACAACAAGCUUGCUUAUUUUGCUUUUCAUAGACAUAGGUCGUAAAAUUUCCACAAAAUUUUGAGAGAAUAUUUUCAGGGCUGCGCGUGUUUAUUGUGCCACCUGCACCGAAUAAAUGUCUUUGUCAAAAGUUGGAAAAACUUUUUAAAAUAUUUGUCAUAGCAUAUAAUCGGCUAUGAAAUGCAAACAUUUGCAAAACGCCUUUAUCUAAAUAAAAUAAACAUUUCCAUGCGCUUAGCGGACUUAAGUAUAAUGCCUCAUUGUUUUAAAAUAGGACUUUCCCUUUUAAAAAAAAUAUCCAUCCAAUUUCGGAUUUUUUUUUCAGUCAUUGAUCUGACAGUGACAUAUCUCAGAGAUUAGCGUAAUUGUCACUGAAAAAUCCCAAUGGGGAGUUGUCAAUAAAUUUCUACAUUUAAAAACUACCCUGAAGAGAACAGCCUCAAGAGUUAAAUCUGUUAUCUUGGUUAGCGCAGACGAUUUCGCCUUUUAAAUUUAUAUUCUUGUUUUGGCACACUUUCUCAAAUAUAUAUACAGGUUGACAUAUUACUUUCUAGCUUAUCAAGUCGACCUGGGAGGGCAUUAUUCAAAUCGAUAUUAGCGUGUGCAAAAAAUUCUCGCGGCUCAUUAGCUUAUAUAUUAUCACUAGACCAAUAAGAUAAGAUUCUUACUGGACCUCUUGGGAGAACAGUUAAGAACUGGUGGAGCUAUCCAGUAUAAAUAAAGUUAGUUUAGUUACGGUUUCCUCCUGUAGUAACACUAGAUCAAUAAGAGAUGAUCCUUACUGGACCUUUUGGAAGAACUGUUUGGAACUGGUAAAGCUAUCCAGUAUAAAUAAAGUUAGUUUAGUUUAGGUUCCCUCCUGUAGUAACACUGGGUCAAUAAGCGAUGAUCCUUACUGGACCCCUAGGAAGAACAGUUUGGAACUGGUAGAGCUAUCCAGUCUAAAUACAGUUAGUUUAAUUUCAAAGAUCAAUUGCGUUCCCUAGUUGUUACCUCGGGAAAACAUCGCUCUCAUUACUCACAGUUCUCGAGGAAUAAUUAGCGCGCACAGCUGUCAUUAAGCAUAAUUUGCGCUACUUUGCGCUUCUUUGCGCUACCUACUAAUUGCUCUAAUUGCGUUAUCUCUGUGAAAACUGUUACAUUGUAUCUAUUGGUAUAAGCACUUUAGGCAACACAUCUUUUGCACAUUUUUAUUGGAUGAAAUUGUUCGAAUCUUCCAGGCGGGCAGUCACAUGGGGGAGGGGGGGGAGGGGGGGAGGGAGCAUAAGUGUGCAACCUUGCCUGGCGUUUUACAUAGCUAGAAUUCCAUUUACCUGCUGUAAAGCGUUGCGAAGUUUAGGCUGGCGUGAAUUCUAACUCAUUUUCAUCCCUGCUAUAAAAGCCAUCAUUAAUAAAGCGCGUGCAAAGUACCUAUUAAACACCUUGUUUCGUCUGGGAAAACCAUAAAUAAGCAUUGUAUAGUGUAUUGUUUACUAUAAUGUCUAUAUGUUUGAUAUUCAAGAAUCUUUCGAAGACAUAACAUCAUUACAUACGCACUAAAUGUUCAUUCAUUGCCCUUGCGGUAUGCACUAAAGUUUGCGCAAAAAUUUCAAAACGCGUCAUUGAGCAAAUAUAAUCUGAAUACAGCUCAAGGGCGUGCGCGUCUAUACUUGUUUUUCAAAAUGCAAAAAGUAAACUAGCUAAAUCCGUAACGCUUUUUUCUCAAAGUAGGAAAGACUGUUAGUUUAGUCUUUUGCAUGUUUAGUUUAAUAAAUACAUUCCUAAACGUCCUAGAUAAAUUCCACACAAGGAUUAAGAUUAAAACGACCAAUAUGUGUAUUCUGCUUUAUUGUUUGUCUAAAUAAUUAAAGGUCAUAAUAUUCGAAAAUCGCUGGCAUUAGUACCACCUACACUGGACCUCCACGUUUGAGAUAUCUUUUUCGGGUAGUUCAGACCACGGUUCCUAUUUCUAUUAACCGUGUUCAGACACAAACCACGACAGUUUAUUGUUGGAUACUACCUACACUGGAUCACCACGUUUGAGAUAUCUAUUUCAGGUAGUUGAGACAUGCACAAACUACGACAGCUUAUUGUAAAAUACUACCUACACUGGACCACCACGUUCGAGAUAUCUUUUUCAGGUAGUUCACACACAAACCACGACAGCUUAUUGUAGAAUACUACCUACACUGAACCACUACGUUUGAGAUAUCUUUUUCAGGUAGUUCAGCUUUAAUACUACCUACACUGGACCACCACGUUUGAGAUAUCUUUUUCAGGUAGUUCAGCUUUAAUACUACCUACACUGGACCACCACGUUUGAGAUAUCUUUUUCAGGUAGUUCAGACACAAACCACGGCAGCUUAUUGUAGAAUACUACCUACGCUGGACUCACGUGCUUGGCAUGGACCAAAUGGCGAACAUAAUCGCUUUACCAAUACGAGAUAUAAUUUAACAAAUCCUGUAAUUAGACAGUGUUUGUAUUCCUAUGCUCUGUGUCGUGCAUUCGUGCUGUUUAACCCAUAUCAUUUAAAUCUAACCCUCCACAAUCUCUUAAAAGGCGUCUGCUUUAAGAAUGAUCAAACUUCUGUCACAAGAAACCUCAAAUUAAUGCAAAAUUUUCAGUACAGAUGAGAUCAUGAUCCUCACAUAAAUGAACCAUGAUACUAAUUAAUCAUGUUAUUAUAUCCAAAGCACAACACGAAUCAAACUGUGUAAAAAAACAUUAACUUUUUUAAUACUAUAAAAACGGUGUCUCCGCGCUUUUUAUUAUACUAUGCGAUAUCCGAGUAGAAAUAAAUUGAAAAACAGAGGUAUAUAGCUUGCAUUUAAAAUUUUAUAAUUUUAGUUUUACAUGAAAGAAUUUUUGAAACUCGAGGUUGACCAUCCGCAGCGGGUGAGAAGAAUGCAUGAGUUCUAAAUGCUCUUCGUAGCGCAAUUGAAAAAAUGCGCUGCGGUUUAUAUGCGCCGGUCUACGAAGCAGGAAAUUCUAAUCAUAUAGCCCCGGUUUCCCUUCGAGGAUAACGUACUUUUUAAUCAGACGCGUUUCUGCCAAUUCUAAGUUGAAUCAUCGACAUACAAGCCGUCACGCAUAUUUGCAUAAGCAAAAGAUAAGCGCGUUUUUGUCGCGUACAUGUUUGCGCAAACGCGCACUCGCGCAACGAUAUGUUGGAUUGCUUCCCGGCAGCGUAACAUAAAAUGCGUCGAACAAAAGCGCGAUUUAUGCGGUUUUUCAAUACGGACGAACCGUUGGGCCAAUAGCAGCCUAUUCCGGCGUAUAUUUCAACGCCUUUGAACAGAAACGAAGAUCUGCACGUAUCGUUCGUUAUAAUCUAAUCCUAUGCAACAUUAUGCACUUUCUGAAACGUUUAUGAAUAGCAAUAGGUUAUUAUUAACUCACCAACAUCGGAAUUCGCUUCCAUGAUCAAUUCAAACGCGGUUUGAUUCGAUGUUGUGUUGGCCGUGUUUUCUUCUGAUGUCAAAUUAUUCAGAGUAAAAUUGCCAUCCUCUGGUGCAUUUGUACUUAUGGUUCGCAGUUCGUCAGUCGAGUUGGGAUAUUCUGGUAUAGAUUCUGUUGUAUAUUCUGGUACAAAUUCUGCGCUGGCGACGACCAGUAGAAACGCCACCAUAAAGGACCACAUUUUUGUGACCGUGACACUGGCCAAGGGUUGCUUGGUUUCUUCAAUGCGUAAAUGACGGGACACAGACAGUAUAGGGAAAGCAAUACAAUGUUAUUGUUGAGUAUAUGUGUCUCUUAUAUCGCUAUAAGUAGUUCGACCGGAAAUGCGUCAUGGGAAUUCAAUGUAUUAACCCAGGGGGGGGACGGAUUUGGUAUUGUAAUAUUUUGGCCGCUCUGGCAGAUAGUACUUUGGGAGCGGGCAUUAUUUAUGGCGGAGGGGGGGGGGGCACAGAUGGAAAAAAAGGGUUGAAUAACAAAUUUUUUUAGUUAGUAAAAGGCUGGGUAAAUGAAAAACAAAACAAAUCAAGAGUUAGGUAAUAAAAAUUUAUUGUCAUUUUCGAAGACUGUCAUUUUCGAAUAUUAAAGACUAAAAAGCAAUGUCAACAGUCAUGUGUCAAUACGAUAUGUAAAUGAAUUCAAGUGGUAAAAGGUGAAAACUGAAUGGUAUCCUUUUGCGAAGUUUUUGGCUAGGGGUGGGUAUUUAUUUUUUAAUUGAUAUUUGAGGUUAGAUAAAAAAUAUAUUUAUCGACUUUUAAUAGUUGGAUCGGCAAAAUUUUUGCCAAGAAAAACACUUAUCUUUGGUGCAUCCCCCCCUCCAUAAAUAGUGACAACUUCCCCUUCCUUUGGGCGUAUAAUGUCAGCGCAAUAGAAAUUCCUAUGAGAAAUUCGAACUCGAUCAUUUAAUAGCGCAAAUUUUUAAUGAUAAUCAAUUUCACAUGGGCGGAGUAUCAUCCAACGGAAAUUGAAAAACACAUGAAUUAACAGUACGUACUAACACCUCAUUGAACUAACAGACCAUUUCGUUUUCACAAGAAUACGGUAACGAAAUGAGAAUUUGUUUGCUUAUUUUGUUAAACAGAGGACAAUGAGAUUGCCAACGUUAAAAUAAAAAUAUACAACCGUCUAUGGCUACAAAGGCCAUGGGAAAAUUUCGACUUGUCGCCUCAAUAUGUUCCCCGAUGUUUGGUUUAUUGAAGUUAUUUCGCAAGACCAAACUCACAAAGGCAUAUUUGUGUUGAAUGCCUGACGGUAACAAAAUCAGGCGUUGAAUUAAAAAAACGUAAUCAGGACUAAUGAACUGAUGAAAUCACAAAAAAAAUGUUGGAACACCAAACUACUAAUGCGUUUUUAAUAUGUAUGUAUGUUUGUAAGCUCAAUGACUUAAAAAAUAUUAAACGUAUCACUAUGAAAAUUUGUGAGACCAAUAGACAUUACCCAAGGACAAAUUGAUUAAAUUUUCGUUAAAUGUAGAUGGAAAUUGGAUGAAAAAUUAGCCCAAAAGUUUCUCUCGCUUUGCAGCUGUAAAAUGAAUACGUAAUUAGCGCCUUGUUGCAUCGGAGUCUGUGAGUGCAUUCUAUGCAUAAUAUAACUUUUUUAAACAAAGCAAAUUUUGUAAAACUGUAAAAUAAUUUUGUAUUAAAAUGGUUAAUUUUUGCGCCGUAUGUGGUUGUUGUACCCGAACAGAUAUUGUUAGGGAGCAUCUGGAGGACACUCUAAGGAUUUGUGACGUCAGUGCAAUGGGUCUAUUGAUCCAGUGUUGCUGAGGAGGAAACCUAAACUAAACUAACUUUAUUUAUACUGGAUAGCUCUAUCGAUUCUAAACUGUUCUUCCUAGAGGUCCAGUAAGAAUCAUCUCUUAUUGACUCAGUGUUACUACAGGAGGAAACCUAAACUAAACUAACUUUAUUUAUACUGGAUAGCUAUGUCAGUUCUAAACUGUUCUUCCUAGAGGUCCAGUAAGUGUCAUCUCUUAUUGAUGCAGUGUUACUACAGAAGUUUGUCCACUUAUCGAUGUACUAGCAUUCCCCCAGAGAGCAAUUGCCUCGAAUUCAGCUGCACCGACUAAUUCUAGCAAUAUAGCUCAGUAAUAUCCAUUAGUUGUCCUCACCCAUCCGUCAAUCUAUCCAACCAUCCCCCUCCCUACACCCACGUAUCCGACACGGAAAAAACAAGCCACGCACAAAAAUAUAUUUACAACAUUUACCAUUUCCGGAGCGAAACCUACAUCUUUCGUUUAUGGUUACAUCUACUACUGACACUAGACUUAAUGGCUUUUUUGCGUGGUAGCUACUGAUUUGUACCAUCUCGAUUUGGGCAGGAGUCCAAAUAUCCCAAUUUAAUUUCAGAAAUAUCUGCUUCAUGUCAUUAAGAAAAUCAUUAGUUUAAGAUUCCUCCUGUAGUAACACUGGAUCAACAAGAGAUGAUCCUUACUGGACCUCUAGGAAGAACAGUUUGGAACUGAUAGAGAUAUCCAGUAUAAAUAAAGUUAGUUUAGUUUAGGUUUCCUCCUGUGGUAACACUGGAUCAAUAAAAGAUGAUCCUUACUAGACCUCUAGGAAGAACAGUUUAGAACUGACAGAGCUAUCCAGUAUAAAUAAAGUUAGUGUUUAGUUUAGGUUUCCUCCUGUAGUAACACUGGAUCAAUAAAAGAUUAUUCUUACUAGACCUCUAGGAAGAACAGUUUAGAACUGAUAGAGCUAUCCAGUAUAAAUAAAGUUAGUUUAGUUUAGGUUUCCUCCUGUAGUAACACUGGAUCAAUAAGAGAUGAUCUUUACUGGACCUCUAGGGAGAACAGUUUAGAACUGAUAGAGCUAUCCAGUAUAAAUAAAAUUAGUUUUGUUUAGGUUUCCUCCUGUAGUCAGGAUCAAAAAGAGAUGAUUCUUAUCCUCCUACUAGACUUCUAGCAAUCUAGCCAUCAAUAAAAUAUGAUUUAUGCCAGUUUCGUGUUAUCUGAGCUUUUGCUAUUAAAGUACUUUGUGAUGAAAUGUUGAAAUGUUUUGUAUAAAAGCCGCAAAACACUGUCAACGUAACAUUUUUGAACGUCAUUGACACUCCGUAAUGGCUUCCUAUUGCCCCUGGUCAAUGCUCCCAAUAAUGCUCAUGUUUGAUACACGUUCGUGCGACAGCCAGAGGAUUAGUUUCCCAAAUAAAAACUGUGAAGGGAAGUUCACGAAAUCAAGCCAAAAAUGGCAAAGACUUAAUAGAAUCUCGUAAAAAAAUCGUUUCCGCAUUAUAAGAAAGCUUAAGAUUUUAGCCUGAUUGCAUUAUUGACGUUCUGUAUCAAAACAUUUAUUAGAAAGGGAUAAACAUGGCUUAAUCCGUUUUAAAAUAUAAUUAUAAAAUCAUUGGAUAAGUUCUUUAUUUAUACUGGAUAGCUUUAUCAAUUCUAAACUGUUCUUCCUAAAGGUCCAGUAAGAGUCAUCUCUUAUUGAUCCAGUGUUGUUACUACAGAAGGAAAUUUAAACUAAACUAUAGCUUUAUUUAUAUAUACUGGAUAGCUCUAUCAGUUCUAAACGGUUGUUCUUAAAAGAGGUCCACUAAAGAGUCAGCUCUAAUUGAUUUAGGAGAAAACCUAAACUAAACUAAGUUUAUUUAUACUGGAUAGCUCUAACAGUUCUAAACUGUUCUUCCCAGAGGUCCAGUAAGAAUCAUCUCUUCAAUUGAUCCAGUGUUACUACAGGAGGAAACCCAAACUAAACUAACUUUAUUUAUAUUGGAUAGCUCUAUCAAAUAUAAACUGUUCUUCCUGGAGGUCCAGUAAGGCUCAUCUUUUAUUUCAUUCUCUCUUCCUAAACGAGGAAAUUUGGUUCAUGCCCCUCUAUAUACGAAGAAUUCUUAUGUUUGGGAUGCAGGCAUCUGCUGGGUGAAUAAGACGUCAUUGUUGUGAUCACAUGUUUGUUAAUUUGAGAUUUACUUCAUCUAUCUUUCAUCUCUGUGACAGAGGUUUGAUUCCUGCAAUUUACAGUUGCUGAUUAUAAUUUCACCUCAGCCACAUGCGAGAAGCAAGUUUGACUCUACCAAACAGCACAAGUUUCUCUUGGGGUCAAGCAAUUUAAUACCUUUAAUGUCUUUAAUGUUAGACCAACUAUAGGAUUAGGCUCAUAUUGCUUAUCUCUGUCUUCAUGUUAAUUGCAUCCCAACUCAAAUUUCAUCUAGCCGUCUUGGAAUCAUUUCAAGCAAAACGUUCAUGAGAAAGUUGCUGGGUAAUGGCCAAUAUUUGGAUAAGUUCACCUUCGUUGACUCGGUAACGCCUCGUGUUUAAUUGUUAAAUAGGCUAUUGCCAUAACAUCACUCACAGGAAGUUACAUCGUGUCUUUAUAGAAAAGAUAAACCCUCAAAUUGAUUGAGCAAUUACAUUAAUCUCCGAGAACCCAGACUUGUGAUGUUGAGUGAGAAUUCUCGUAAGAAUGUGUGAGAGCUGGCUGGAUAUGAGACUCGAUCUGAUUUGCAUGUACUAAGUAACAAGCCAUCUCCUAAUCUCCUAUUGAUACAGUGUUAAUACAGGAGGAAACCUAAACCAAACUAACUUUAUUUAUACUGGAUCGCUCUAUCAGUUCUAAACUGUUCUUCCUAUAGAGGUGCGAUUAGGUCUCAUCAACACUCCCCUUAAUUGAAUUAACAGUCAUGUGACCACAAGCAACGCCCCAACCAUUGUGUCAUACUUAACGUAUUAUGAAGGAACUCUGUUUUGUUCCUAUAGUAACACUGGAUCAAUAUUAUUAAGAGAAAGAGCUAUCCAUUAAAAAUAAAGUUAGUUUAGUUUAGGUUUCCUCAUAUAAUAACACUGGAUCAAUAAGAGAUGAUCCUUACUGGACCUCUAGGAAGAACAGUUUAUAUUUGAUAGAGCUAUCCAAUAUAAAUAAAGUCAGUUUAGUUUAGGUUUCCUCCUGUAGUAACAAGUACUGGAUCAGUAAGAGAUGAUCAUUACCGGACCCCUACUGGCUUUGUUUCCUGGAAAUAUUUUCAUGGUCAAUACAACGUUUGUUAAAAAGUGCCAAUGACGUUAUAAAAUUCAGUGCAGAGAUAUUAAGAAAAACAUUCUAUUAUCCAUGUUCAUAUUAUAGCAAUGAGGUCAUCAGAUAUCCUUCUUAACAAGGGAAAAUUGGUUUCCCUCAUGCCAGUUUCCUAAUUAGACUAUUGAAUUGUUUUGAUAUAAAAAAGUUGUGAAUUCCCCCACAGAACACUACAUAUAGCUAUAAACUAGCUGUUUUUUAACAGCUUUCAAUUGAAAUUAGCCCUGUUUUUUCAAUCUUCCCAUGAGGAUUGUCAUUGAGAAGUUUCCUUCCUAUUUAUCCACACUUUAUUCCUAGCUUAUAUUUUGUGCAGAGAAAUAAAUAAUAGACUACUUUGGCGUUUAUUCACACCCAAUUCCGACAACUUUAGAUAAGGGACUGGUCAUUAUUUAAAAAAUCAAAAAUUUGAUUACCCUACUUCAAGUAUAAUUUAAAAAAUAAACACUCACUCCUGGCCAAAACUACAAAAGGAUGUCAUUCAUGUUGUUGAUCACACAUGUCCUUUACCACUUCUCAGACAAGAGUUUGAUAACUGCUUGUGCAAUUUACUGACUUUUCUGCAGUCUGAAGUUUCAUGUUGUCUGCACAUAUACCUUCUUUGGAGACACCAUUUAAUCCCAACAAAUCGGAAAAUAAUCAACUGAUAGUGACUCUGAUUGAGUCACAUAUUGUAUUGACAUAUGACUGUUCGGCAUUGUUUUUUAGUCUUCAAUAUUUGAAUGAGUCAUGCUUUGAAAAUGACAAUAAAUUUUUAUUACCCAACCCUUGAGUUCUUUCGUUUUUCAUUUACCCAACCUUUUACUCACUCAAAAUUUUGUUUACCCAACCCUUUUCUCUUUGGUGCCACCCCCUGCCAUACGGUGAAUAAUAACCGGUCCUUAACUCACAUGCCUCUAGUUACUAUAGUUCAUAGAAUAAAACAAAGGUAACUAUAAGCUUUAGAAUAAUGUACAUGGGCCUGAUGGGUGAAUAAUCCCCCCCCCCUUCCCUCAAUGCGUAAUUAUGCGUGCUCCAUAAUAUCAUUUCUAUUAAAAGUUACUCAUCGAAAAACAAAAUUAAAUUAACUCAACCCAAAUCGAUCCGGUUCACUCAAGGAGAUUGAUAAUUACCGCCAUAUUCUAAAGCCUAUGUACAUUGUCAUUGAGGAAAUGAAAAGAUCUUAUAGGAAAUCUUAUUUCUUGAGUUCACGGAAGUCGUGUCAUCAUUCCCAACAAAAAUAUACGACAUCUAGUGGAUCAUGUAUAAAUUAUAAGCAAGACAACCUUUUGCUAAUUUCUCAUGCAAUUUUUAGCCAACUUUAAUCAAAUUUUUAUCAAUUUGUCCUUUGGCAAUGACAAUGUCCAUUUGUCUCACAAAGUUUUGGGCAUUUAAUUGACGGUUUGAUAUUUUAAAAUUAUGCUGAUAAACACACAACACACUGAUAUACAGACACGCACAUAGCAAUUUCAAAAAUUUGAAAAUACUAACUUUCCCAAAAGUCGAUGAUUAUUCCUAACUCUCUUGCUUAUGUUCCGUUAUCAUAACUGACAAAACACUUACCAAUCAAAGUUGACAAUUUAUUCGUUAACAAUAGCGAUAUUCGGGGUCUACUGAUUCAUCAUUACUAGAAGUACUAGACACGAAAUGCUUCCAAUAUAUAUUCACAGAACGUAUAAAAGAAAGAUAAACACUCCCUUAUGUAAAACAUUCCCUAAGUAUGGGGGUUGAUAUAUAUUUGGAAUUUGCUUGAGGCAAACAAACAAAUCAUGGAGAAGGGCAUAAAAGGGUAUGAAAAAAUCGAUAUAAAUUCCUAUCGUUUUUGGCAUUUCGAUAUAUUGACAACAUCCUGGGCAAACCAUGGCAAACUUUCUAUAGUUUAACUCAAUUUUGGAAUCCGGUUCAUGAUUUCUACUUGUGGACUUUGUGGUGGGUCCGGGUGGUUUUAUUGCAUCGUCGCUUGCGAUAUUGGUAUCCUAUAUAUAAUAACCUUAGCCAGGGGCUAUGUUUUUCUGUCUGUCUAUAUUUGUCUCUCUGUGUUUGUCUGCCCGUCAGCAUGAUAGCUGAAAAAUAUACAACUGUCUGUGGUCACAAAAAUCCAUGGGAAAAUUUCGACUUGUCGCCCAUGUACCGUUCCUGAUGUUUGGUCAUAAAAGUUAUUUUUCAAGACCAAAACACAAAGGUGAAUUGACUAAAACUAAUCAGGACUAAUGAACUGAUGAAAUUAAAAAACCCCGUUGGAAAACCGAGACUAACGCCCGUAUUCUAAAAGCUCACUCACACUCACACUCAUUGAGUGGAAGUUCAAUCUGAGCUUCUCUCGAGUGUCAUUGCUGUUUUAGAAUAGCUGGAGGGUUAGUAUCGUACCUUACUUGGUGAAUACUCGCCCUCCAGCUAUUCAAAAACAGCAUUGACACUCAAGAGAAGCCGCUCAGAUUGAACCUCCACUCAUUGAGUGUGAGUGAGCUUUUAUGAGAAUACAGGCGUAAUUCUAUUAUGUCCGCUAGGUUAUGUUUUUACCGCUGCACCGGAAUCGCAGAGCCGCAGUUUCGAUUCCUGCCAGUGGACCUAGUGUUGCAUUUUUGGCAACCGUUCCUGGUCAGGUGAAAAAAGUGUAUAGAUAUCGUAUUUAUUCAGGGUAUUGAACUAAAAUUACAGGAGUCUCGUUCUACCCAGUUCAAUUGGUCAACUCUGAGACACGGCAUCAUUUAAAAUUCUAAACGUUUAUACAGCUCCUAACUUGAAAGGGUCAUUGAUUGGGAGUAGUUUCACGCAAGCGAACUAUAACUUAAGAAAUAGCUAUACUGAUUUAGCUCUCCCAAAAGGGAAUUCCUGAAAAAAGUUUUACAUACAGCGGGGCAAAGUUUUGGAAUAGCCUUUCUCGGGAAGCGGCAACUGAGAGGCACGAUCAAUCCAUAUUUUCAAAGAAAAUAUUAAUCUUUGAUUCUGUUACUAAUGUUAAUAUAUGGGUCACGCCUCCUGUAUUCAGCAUGCACUUUUGUAAAUAGUUUUUCUUUGUUUCUACGUAUUUUCUUGUAAAUACUUUGUGUAUAAAUUGACGACGCCCCUCGUCUUGAAGUAAUUUUUUACGAUACGAUACGAUACGAUACUAACCGCAACCCCUCCCCCCGUAUUUUAUUUCAUUUCAAUAUCAGAUUACUUUCUUCCCAAAGCGAUGAAAGACAAAUUCAAUUAAAUAGCGCGUUAAACCGCAAUGUUAAUAAAAUUUAGCGACGUAUCUAGAUGUAUCUUUUCAUGCGUCAACAAAACCACACCGUAGCUUUUCGCAGUUGCCCAGUGUUGAUACAUUUUGCAUAAAUCGCGACAGUCGUCGCACGAAAUUCAUUUGCGCUCCUAGAGUUGAAAGUAUCAAUCCGCCGUGUUGAUUCGCAGAAAAGCGCAAUGGUUUAUAAGCUGCUAUGGUUUAUAUGCGUCGUAUUACAAUGUGGGUCGCUAUUUGCGAACGGUAAAAAACAGUUGGUUGCCAUGGAUCGAAUAAUAUUAGCAAAUAUCGGCAAAGGUAGGUUUAACGUUGUUUUUAAAGCGCAUUUAUCCAGCGAUUUUGCGCCCUGCUGAAUUUGCACUGUAGAAAACUGCUACGUUCUUAAAUAAAUAUACAGUUUUAUUUACCCAAGACAGCUUUAAUUUCCAACGACAAAACAAAAGCAAUCUUUUAAAUGAGAACGAAGCAAUGCUAUUUCUUGUAUACAUGCAUAUUUCUUUAAAGCGCUAUAGGGCAGCAAAUAGUGGCAUAAUGGAAUGCGGUUUAACAUCAGAUUAAGAAAUUUUUUACAUUGAAUGUAAUGUCUCUAAUGCUUGUGCUUAAUUAAUACACAAUGAAAGAGCUUUUGAUAAAAUGAAAUUUGAUCAUUUCUAGAAGGCCGAAAUCUAGAAUGGUUCGGCAGAAAAUUUUACCAUUGCUCCGGGCAAAAUAAGUGUAAUCGUUUCAAUAGCAGUGACAAAUGAUAUGUAAAUUUACACGGUAUAGAAUUACAAAUAAAUAAUACGCACAUUUCGAUCCUACUUGGAAUUUGUCAUUUUUCCUGAUUUGAUCAAAAUUUGGCAAACUUUAUUUUAUUAUUAUUAUUUUUAUUAAACUGGUCUAAAAUAUCGCAUACAAUAACACAAAGCUAAAUUACUAUGCAAUUUACAAAGAUUAGUUACUAGAUAAAACAUCAUCCAUUGUUAUUAGAGUUAAAAGUGUCUACAGCAUACGGAAUUGGACUGAAUUUAAAUCUAUUUGAUCUACUAUUAAAUUAUAAAAAAGAUAUUUGUUAGAUCUGGUAUUUCUUGUUAUUAUCUGACACUUCUUUGGUGGGAGCAAGUGGUGAAGUUUGUGCUCUUCUGAUAAAUCACUAACCAAGUUUAUACAACGAUCUCUCCUUCGUUCUUGUUUUCUAUUGCGGUGUUUGCGCAUAAUAAUACAAUAAUCGAACCAGUUUGCGUGAUUCGCUUUAAACCCUCUUAGCUUGAUUAAUUUGGCGUGAUGCACGUUGGCCGUUUUUGUGGGAACAACACACACCGGAUAUUAUUUUUAUAGUGGGUUUUAUAGCGUAUUAAUAUACGUCAAAUACAUAGACAGCUCAACCCUUUGAACACAUUAUCAAGGCACCAUCCGUCUCCUGACGUAUUAAAACACAAGAUGAUUUAGUCAGACGAAUUAGCCAAAAAACCGUGAUCUUUUCUGGCAAAGAUUCUGGGAACAACUCAUGCCUGAUAUUUCCCUUAUACAGCAGUUGUCUAAUGUCGUAUUUAUCAAGAUAUACGGGUUAUGAUCCGAGGGGCAAAUCACUCCCAAACAUUCUACAAAAUUUUUGGACUUUCGAAAGCCCGGCAAUUUUAUAGUCGGACUUUUUUGGAAUUUGUCGAAGAUUAAUAUUAUGGAUAUUAUGCAGUUAAUAGUAUGUCAUUAAAUUUAGUAGUAUAUUUUAUAUUUCAAGGACAUUUUACAUGCUUUAAAUUAUUAUAUUUUUCGGACUUUUCAUCAAUCCGUCAAAAUGCUGACAGAAACCCAGUUGCGUAACCAGACGAUACGUCACCAAUAGAUAACUGUGUUGACAAGCCUGCAUGGUGCCCGACUGUGUCGCACCAUGAACCAAACUAAACUAACUUUAUAAAUACUGGAUAGCUCUAUCAGUUCUAAACUGCACAUGUUCUUCGUAGAGGUCCAGUAAGGAUCAUCUCUUAUUGAUCCAGUGUUACUACAGGAGGAAACCUAAACUAAACUAACUUUAUUUAUACUGGAUAGCUCUAUCAGUUCAAAAACUGUUCUUCCUAGAGGUCCAGUAAGGAUCAUCUCUUAUUGAUCCAGUGUUACUACAGGAGGAAACCUAAACUAAACUAACUUUAUAAAUACUGGAUAGCUCUAUCAGUUCUAAACUGUUCUUCCUAGAGGUCCAGUAAGGAUCAUCUCUUAUUGAUCCAGUGUUACUACAGGAGGAAACCUAAACUAAACUAACUUUAUUUAUACUGGAUAGCUCUAUCAGUUCUAAACUGUUCUUCCUAGAGGUCCAGUAAGGAUCAUCUCUUAUUAAUCCAGUGUUACUACAGAAGGAAACCUAAGCUAAACUAACUUUAUUUAUACUGGAUAACUCUACCAGUCUAAACUGUUCUUCGUAGAGGUCCAGUAAGAGUCAUCUCUUAGUGAUCCAGUGUUAUUACAGCAGGGGCGAAACUAGCCUCUUUUAAUUAGGGGGUGUCUGGCAGAAUUGCCCUGCCAAAACCAAUGUUGCCCUGCAGCCUGCAGCGCUAAUACAAUACAUCACUAAGCUACGUGUAUAAUUGAACUGCCGAUGUCAAUGUACAUGCAUACGAACUGUUUAUUGUUUGCUAGCUGUAAUAAGUUACUUUUCGCAUUUUGAUUGCCCUGCCAAUUGGGAUGAUUCGUAUUUUGGGGGUGUCACCCCCCCCCCCAUACCCCCUCAAGUUUCGCCUCUGUACUACAGGAGGAAACCUAAACUAAACUAACUUUGUUUAUCAGCGGCGGCGGAACAGAUUUCGUUCUGGGGGGGCUAAAUUUUUCGGCGACCUUCCCUCCCCCCCGUCGCCAAAAAAAUUUCGGUCAGUGUACCGCUUUAGGGGUACAAUAUACAAAAAAAGGGACGAAAAAAAUUUUUUCGGAAAUACACUUUUUUUAAACAAAAUAUUGCAAAUUUGUCCCUUAUACCUAAAUUUUCAAAAAAUAACCUAAAUUUUUCCCUAAUUAUCAAAAUUUUUUCAAAAAAUUCAAAUUUUCUGGGGGGGCUAAGCCCCCCCACUUUUACUUCUGGGGGGGCUUUAGCCCCCCUAGCCCCCCCUGUUCCGCCGCCCCUGUUGUUUAUGCUGGAUAGCUCUAUCAGUUCUAACUGUUCUCCCUAGAGGUCCAGUAAGGAUCAUCUCUUAUUGAUCCAGUGUUACUACAGGUGGAAACCUAAACUAAACUAACUUUGUUUAUACUGGAUAGCUCUAUCAGUUCUAAACUGUUCUUCCUAGAGGUCCAGUAAGGAUCAUCUCUUAUUGAUCCAGUGCUGCCGGACGAAACCUAAACUAAACUAAGGCCAGGGUCAAACGUCGAACCGGCUUUUCAUGUGACGAACCUAAUGUUCUUUGUUUCACUUCAUUAGUGCAUUUGCAUUAGGUUCGGCACGUGAAAAGUUCGACGUUUGACCGUGGCCUAACUUUUUUUAUACUGGAUAGCUCUAUCCGUUCUAAACUGUUCUUCGCAGAGGUCUAGUAAAAGCCAUUCUGUAUUGUUAAAUUGCAUACCACAAGAGAAAACGGGCUAGCAAUACCAUUUUUCAAGCAUUUUAUCCCACCAUCAAAACUUGAGAUGAUAUAAUUGUUGACAGAACUGUAGAGUGAUUUAAUUAUUUCGACGAAGGUCAGGUCGUGUAAUUCUCACAAGCUCACUUGUAAUUUUUUUAAGUUGUUUUUUUUUCUAAUUGCAAUACGCACCUGUACUUUGCUAAUAAUGUGAUGAGCGGACAAUAUGGCGCCGGGUCUGUCAUAAGGUUGAAAGUAACCUGGGAGAUUGUUUCGAACCUAAAUUGAGUUGUUGAUGUAAAGGUUGAUUAUAUCGUUUAUACUGCUCCGUGUGGGUCCUUUGUGUUCGCAUGUAAGAUGUACUCUGUAGUAACACUGGAUCAAUAAGAAAUAAUCCUUACUGGACCUCUAGGAAGAACAAUUUAGAACUGAUAGAGAUAUCCAGUAUGAAUAAAGUUAAUUUAGUUUAGGUUUCCUCCGGUAGUAACACUAGAUCAACAAGAGAUGAUCCUUACUGGACCUCUUGGAGGAACAGUUAGAACUGAUAGAGCUAUCCAGUAUGAAUAAAGUUAGUUUAGUUUAAGUUUUCUCCUGUAGUAACACUGGAUCAAUAAGAGAUGACCCUUACUGGACCUCUAGGAGGAACAGUUUAGAACUGAUAGAACUAUCCAGUAUAAAUAAAGUUAGUUUAGUUUAGGUUUCCUCCUGUAGUAACACUGGAUUAAUAAGAGAUGAUCCUUACUGGACCUCUAGGGAGAACAGUUUAGAACUGAUAGAGCUAUCCAGUAUAAAUAAAGUUAGUUUAGUUUGGGUUUCCUCCUGUAGUAACACUGGAUCAAUAAGAGAUGAUCCUUACUGGACCUCUAGGAAGAACAGUUUAGAACUGAUAGAGCUAUCCAGUAUAAAUAAAGUUAGUUUAGUUUAGGUUUCCUCCUGUAGUAGCACUGGAUUAAUAAGAGAUGAUCCUUACUGGACCUCUAGGAAGAACAGUUUAGAACUGAUAGAGCUAUCCAGUAUGAAUAAAGUUAGUUUAGUUUAAGUUUUCUCCUGUAGUAACACUGGAUCAAUAAGAGAUGACCCUUACUGGACCUCUAGGAGGAACAGUUUAGCACUUCAGAAUUGAAAGAGCUAUCCAGUACAAAUAAAGUUACAGUAGUUUAGUUUCAGUUUCCUCCUGUAGUAGCACUGGAUCAAUAAGAGAUGAUCCUUACUGGACCUUUAGGAAGAACAGUUUAGAAAUGAUCGAGUCAUCCAAAAUAAAUAAAGUUAGUUUAAUUUGUUUCUAAACAAAUGUGGGUUUUUUCCUUUUUUAGAAAGGUUAAUGAAUGUUCAUAAAUUUGAUAUUCGUCUACCGCCAUUCCGAAGUGGUGCAGGAGAAGGCGAGCUGGAUGCGGCGGCCCGGGACGAGAGAAAAUUAUGGACAAAGGGUGUGAUACCUUAUAUCAUUCAUAAGACCAUACGUAAGUACCACGUUUACUUCCGUAUCAUAACCAUCCAUUCAUGGUUGUCGCUAAGGAGUGGGAGGCACGCAUCCACCGUUUAGUAGAAAAAUACAAUAUUAUUUAGCUUUAAAUGGAUGAUUCUAGCUAUAUAGGAAAUUUUGACUGUAAUUUCUAAAUCUAGACAAGAAGAUCGGAAUCCAUUACCAUAGCUGGAAAGAGCAUCUUUAAAUGGGUACAAUUGCAAAGUUUGGUUGCGAAUUGUUGUAAAAUGAGGAAAUAUAUAGCCCUGUAAAGUUCGCAAAUUUUGUAUAUAUUUGCAUUACGCCCGAGAAAAAUAACCAUUUUCCUCUAAAUUUAAUAAGCUUUCUAUUCAAAAUUUCGUAUCCAGUAUUGGUAGCUUUGGUUGGAGUGAAGUUUAUCUCAUCUUAUAACAAACCGUUUAAAUGCUUUGAAUUCGAACGCUUUUGCCACAGAAUUCAUUGGCGUUCAGAAACCAAAGCAUCUACACAUGCCAAUUUGUCUCGGCCCCACCCAUGCAAGCCUUACAUUUAAACCUAUUUCAUUUUGGCAUUUGCUGAGGAUUAAUGGAUAUAUGAUUUCAGCUGGACAAGAAGAGCGAAAUCCAUUACCAUAGCUGAAACGAUCGUCUUAAAAUGAGUAAAAUUGCAAAGUUUGGUUGCGAAAUGUUGUAAAAUGAAGAAAAUAUAUAGCCCUGUGAAGUUCGCAAAUUUUGUAUAUAUUUGUAUCAUUUUUGAGCCGAAAGUGGUUAUUUUUAUACCGCGCGUAAUACAAAUAUAGCUAUACAAAAUUUGCGAACUUCACAGGGCUAUAUUUUCUUUAUUUUGACAACAUUUAGCAACCAAUCUUUGCAGUUUUACUCAUCCUAAGACGCUCUUUCUAGCUGUGGUGUUGGAUUUCGUUCUUCUUGGCCUAGAUCAAAAUUUAGUCUACAGCUGGAAUCACUCAUUACUAUAUAUCAAAGUAUUUUAAAUCAAUUUUCUUAAUUAUUAGUUGAUCGAUCAAUGUUCAAGACCAACCUGGAGAAAGCGAUCAAAGAGUGGAAAAAGUAUACAUGCAUUAAAUUCCGAAAGAAGAAAAGUAAAGAUCGAGAUUAUGUUAUCUUUAUGUACGGUGUUGGGUAAGCUAGAUUUUUGGAUCUGAUAUUUUACAAAAUAUCUUAAUCUCACAGUUUGUCAAGAAGGUGUGUUCGCACUGCUUGUUCCCAGUUGUUGACAAGUCUGGAACAAGUUGUUAUCACCUUGUAACCAGGUUGAUGAGGCCAACAGACUCGCAACAAGUUGUUCCAACAAGUCUGAUAUCGUCUGCACGUAACAAGUUGUCCACAAGUUGAUGACAGCAAGCUCGUGGCAACUUGUUACGAACAGCCUGUAUUAGUCUUGUUGGAACAACUUGUAGCAAGUCUGUUACCGUCAUCAACCUUGUAACAUGAUGAUAACAACUUGUUCCAGACUUGUCACAACAACUGGGAACAAGCAGUGCGAACACAUCCUGAUAUCGGCUUCAUAACAACCUUGUCACAACUUGUCAUUGCAAAUCUGUAACAAAUUGCGCGUUUUUACGUGUGCUUAAUACAUUGAUGUCUUUUCUUUGGUUGUAGGUGCAAUGCAGAUGUGGGUCGCAAGGGUGGUCGCCAGUAUGUAUCAUUAGGACGAGGGUGCUCAGACACAAGUGUUAUUAUACAUGAGUUAGGACAUGUCGCUGGCUUCUGGCAUGAGCAAAACCGUCCUGAUAGAGGUAGAUAUGUCGAUAUCAUGUGGAAUAAUAUCAUUCCAGGUAUGUAUAUAGCGCAGUAUAUACACACGUAAAAAUCUCACAUCUUGUAACAAGUCUGCCAACAAGCCGUCAACAAGAUGUAUUCGCACUGCUUGUCACAAGUUGUCAACAGGUUUGGAAAAACUUGUUGACAACUUGUAACAUGCAACCUUGUCGAAAUUAUCAGACUUGUUGCAAGGUUGUUUUGACGAGUCCGUUACAUGCUUGAUAUAACAAGAUUGUUACAACCUUGUGUUGACAACCUUGUAACAUCCUUGUUAUAUCGUGGCUGUAACAAACUUGUCAGCACAGUCUUGUAACAAGUCUGAUAAUGCCAUCAAGCUUGUUUCAAGUUGUUAACAGCUUGUUUCAAACUUGUUACAACAACUGGGAACAAGCAAUGCGAACACAACUUGUUGGCAGCUUGUGAACAGACUUGUAACAACUUGUUUGCAGACUUGUUACAACUUUUUUCCGUGUGUAGUCUAAGUUUCUUCCUGUAGUAUUAAACACUGAAUUAAUAAGAGAUGAUACUGUACUUACUGGACCUCUAGGAAGAACAGUUUACAUUUGAUAGAGCUAUAUCCAGUAUAAAUAAGGUUAGUUUAGUUUAGGUUUCCUCCUGUAGUAACACUGGAUCAAUAAGAGAUGACUCUUACUGGACCUCUAGGAAGAACAGUUUAGAACUGAUAGAGCUAUAUCCAGUAUAAAUAAGGUUAGUUUAGUUUAGGUUUCCUCCUGUAGUAACACUGGAUCAAUAAGAGAUGACUCUUACUGGACCUCUAGGAAGAACAGUUUAGAACUGAUAGAGCUAUCCUGUAUAAGUAAAGUUAGUUUAGUUCAAGUUUCCUCCUAUAAUAUCAUUGGUCCUACAAGACAUGACCGUUACUGGACCUCCAAGAAAAACAAAGGUGUAAAGUUUAUUAUUUUCCCUUUAUCUCAUAGACUACAGAUUUGCUUUCGAUAAAUACAACAAGAUUCGCAUCAACAGUCGAAACGUGACGUAUGACUUCAAAUCUAUCAUGCAUUAUGGCAACUAUGCAUUUAGCAGUAACCGAAAAGCGACCAUUGUGGCGAAAAAUAGCAAUGUGAAAGACUUUGGGAAUAUUCAUUUAAGUCCUUUGGAUAUAAAACAAGCUAAUCUUGUGUAUAACUGUCCAGGUUUGUCGAAUAAUUGAACCUUAAUGCGGCUUGCUUUUUAACUCUGUCUAACGCCAGGCCGUUUUACUUAUCAAGAGGAAGAAUUAGGCGUUGGUUUAUUAAGAGAAGAUAUUUUGUAUGUUAUGUAACAAGCGCUCAAAAGUCGGUUGUGACUAUUGUAGACCUGCAUUCAAAAAUUGUUAUUUUUGAUAUGAUUCUCAAGCGCCAAACAAGCUUUAAAAGUUCGCUUAGUGCGUAUAUGCAAAAUAAUGGUAAAAUGAGGAGAUUUUAGAUGUUACGCCAAAGGGAAAAUAAAGUCUGAAGUUCGUUAAGUUUUGCUUAUGUUGCUGUAAAUAUGUAAAUCAAUUUUCCCAUCUAUUCAAUUUAGUUAAACAAACGAAGUUUCCAAAAUUCCCUAAAGACUUUAAGUUCUCAGCGCAAACAAUUCCUGGCAAACAUUGCGUCCUGUUAAACGAGCCCAAAGAAAAACAACAAGAACCUGUUUAUCUUUGUCACAACAACACGAAGAAAGAUGCCGCCAUCUCGUGGUCCCACGCGGGCAAAACGACAUCAUUAGACUGUACGCAUAUCACAUCACCUUAUGGAGAAGAUAGGUAGGUACUGUAGGGAAGUAUGUCUGUGUCUGACUGUCAGUACGAUAACAUAUAAAAUAUCAAACGUAUUAAUACAAAAUUUGUGGAACUGGUCAGUGCAUUUUUUAAGGAUUCUUCAGUAGUGGGGCAAAACUGCCAAAGAGCUCAUUCUCUGAUUCUCUCUUUGCCCUCCCCUCUGCAUGGAUAGUAUGCGAUCGCCGAAGGUGUGAGCCGAGUACCGAAGCCACAAGUUAGCUAGGGUUCUGGGAAAUAUUUAAUAUUGGAGUCUCUGAAGCAUUUUCUGCAUUCCGAGAACACAUUUUAAAAAAAUCUUAGCUUCGCAAAACAAAGUUUUAAUGGUGAAAUUUGCAGUAAAUUGCACACUAAACAUUCAAAAACAACAUAAGUUUAAUGCUCACCAACAAAUUAUGUUUUUAAACUUCUUUUCAAUGUUUAUAAACUCAUUUACUGAAUACAGGUCCUAGGGGGCCCUGGCUUUGGGGAAAUAGGCCAUUUUUUUCUUCAGUGGUGGGGCAGAGGAAGGGGUCCAGUGGGGCAAAUGCCCCACCAGUCCAUGGUAUUAAAAAAUGCCUUGGAACUGGUAAAGAUUGCCUAAGGACAAACUGAUUAAAUUUUGGUUAAAUGCGUAACUAAUUAUCCAUUGACAUUGUAUAAUGGCCAACUUGCAUGUUGGUCUAAAUUUUAAUCUAAGUAAAGAGAAGGGAAUCAAAUACUACAGCUAAAAAGUACAUAAUGAAAUUAGUAAGAUUGCAAAAUUUGGUUGCGAAAUGUUGUAAAGCUUGGAAAAUAUAGUCUUGCAAAGUUUGCAAAUUUUGUAUAUGUUUGUAUUACGUGCGGAAAUUGUUACUAUUUUCGGCUCAAAAAUGGUAACAAUUUCCGCACGUAAUACAAACAUAUACAAAAUACGCAAACUCCGCAAGACUACUUUUUCCGUAUUUUACAACAUUUCGUAACCAAAUUUUGCAAAUUUACUAAUUUUAAUAAGUUCUUUACGGGAAUUUACUUUUUUUGCCUAGAUCAAAAAUUAGUCUAACAUGCAAGUUGUCUAUGAUACAUAACUUAAUUCGGAGGUAUGUAGUCCUCGAAUGCCUUCUAGUUAAUUUACUUUUAUUUUUAUCAGGUUGGGAUGGUGGAACGACAAUUAUUUAUGCGUGGCGAAUGACUCCGUGUAUAAAUUUCAUUGGUCAGAAAAUGGUCCAAUCGCAGGCCUCGGUUGCUUGGGGUGGCCUACCAAGAACGAAAGUGCUGGCAGCAAGGCGUUUCUAUGCGCGAAGUUUUUUGACGGGCGUAAGUGACUUUGAAUAUAUUUAUUUUUUACUUUUGUUGGUGGUACAGUGAGACUCUGGAUCAAUAAGAGAUGGCCUUUACUGGACCUCUAAGAAGAACAGUUUAGAAUUGAUAGAGCUAUCCAGUAUAAAUAAAGUAAGUUUAGUUCAGGUUUCCUCCUACAUAGUAACACUGGAUCUAUAAGAGAUGAUUCUUACUGGACGUCUAGGAAGAACAGUUUAGAACUGAUAGAGCUAUCCAAUAUAAAUAAAGUUAGUUUAGGUUUCCUCCUACAUAGUAACACUGGAUCAAUAAGAGAUGAUUCUUACUGGACGUCUAGGAAGAACAGUUUAGAACUGAUAGAGCUAUCCAGUAUAAAUAAAGUUAGUUUAAUUUAGGUUUUCUCCUACAUAGUAACACUGGAUCAAUAAGAGAUGAACUGGACCUCUAGGGAGAACAGUUUAGAACUGAUAGAGCUAUCCAGUAUAAAUAAAGUUAGUUUAGUUUAGGUUUUCUCCUGUAGUAACACUGGAUCAAUAAGAGAUGACUCUUACUGGAUCUCUGGUGAGAACAGUUUAGAACUGAUGGAGCUACUCAGCAUAAAUAAUGUUAGUUUAGUUUAGGUUCCUCCUGUAGUAACCCUGGAUCAAUAAGAGAUGACUCUUACUGGAUCUCUGGUGAGAACAGUUUAGAACUGAUAGAGGUAUCCAGUAUAAAUAAAGUUAGUUUAGUUUGGGCUUCCUUUUGUAGUAACACUGGAUCAAUAAGAGAUGGCUCUUACGUCUCUAGGGAGAACAGUUUAGAACUGAUAGAGGCAUAGAGCUAUCUUUGCAAAAACUUACAUAAUAUAAUUACCAAUCUUCCCGACUGUAUUUAGCAAUCGACGGAGGUUGGACAGCGUGGUCUUCAUGGACGAGAUGUAACCGGGUGUGUGGCGGAGGAUAUCAAGUACAACGACGUUAUUGUACAAAUCCUGUACCAAAGAAUUAUGGGAAGCCUUGCUAUGGACUGGAUUACAAUAGACGGUUCUGUAAUGUGCAGAAAUGUUCAGGUAAUAUGUCGCGUUUUGUGUCUACAAUGUCGCUGUGGCUAGGUUGAGGUUGGGUUCUUACUAGAUGUUUCCAGCUUGUUGUCACGUUCUUAAAGAUCUGUUACAGACUUGUUACAUGGUUAUUCGGACAAGCUGAUUAUUAGGUUGUGUUGUCACUAUUUGUUCCCAUAUUGUUGACAAGUUGUUACAGAGACACAGCGGACUUACUAUAAAGCUGUUGACUAUUAAAUAGACUUGUUAUAAGUUCUUGAAACUAGAACUUGCUAUCGUCCUGCAUUUCAACAAUUGUUUAAGUACUACUGUAUUUACAAAAGUUUGUAUAUUCGACGCAACACGGAUGCAAAUGUGAGACGUUUCAAUGGCUUGUGAAACGUCUUGAUGAGAACAUUCGUAUUCUUCAACAAUUUAAAAUAAAUUACUAAUAUUUGGUGAGAAAAUUGAACUUAAAGUUUACGUAAAUCAACAUGAUUUUGCAUCAGAUAUACAAACUACUUCACGCUCAUGAUUUCUUUUGUGUUUUCUUCAUUAAUUAUUAAUGAUUUCACAACAAUUUGUCAAGGAGAUCGUUUAGCAACUUGAUAAAAUAACAGGAUUGUUACCAUUUUCGGCUCAAAUGUGGUAGCAAUUUCCGCACGCAAUAGAAAAGUAUACAAAAUUUGCGAACUUUGAAAGGCUAUAUUUUCCGCAUUUUACAACAUUUCGCAACCAAACUUUGCAAUUUUACUCAUUUGAGUAUACUCUUUCCGGGAAUGUACUUUUAUUUGCCAAGAUAAAAAUUAGUCUAUAAUGGGAAUUGUCUUUUGACCGGGGUUUACCCGUCAAUGUUUUUAUUUCCAGAGCCACCAAUUUGGCCAGAUGAUUUUAUGUUCAAACAGUUCUCUCACACUCCCUAUGAUCACAACUGUGUGCGUGUUUACGAGCGGAGAGCAGAACUCACUUGGAAGAAUUACUACUUUUGUUCUGUUGGAUCGAAACAGCGGAUUAAUAUGAAAUGGUCUGACAUGGGUACCCAGCGUGGUAUGAGAUGCCUCAAGGUUAAUGAGCCGCAGGAGAGCAGUGGCUGGAAUGAUAAUUACUUGUGCCUGCCUGCUGAUUCGGAAUAUAGGUACGUGUUUUGUGGUGAGGGUGAUGAUGGUGUUGGUACUGGUGGUGGUGGUGAUGAUGAUGGUGAUAAUGGUGAUCAUGAUGGUGGUGAUGGUAGUGAUGAUAAUGGUGAUGAUGAUGGUUGUGGUGGUGAUGAUGAUGAUACUGUUGAUGAUUUGUGGUGGUAAUCGAGAUAAUGAUUGAUGGUGACAAUGGUGAUGGUGGUGAUGAUGAUGGUGGUGAUGAUAAUGGUGUUGACGAUGAUGAUAGUGAUGAUGAUCGUGAUGAUGAUGAUCGUGAUGAUGUUGAUGAUGAUGAUCGUUAUGAUGUUGAUGAUGAUCGUGAUGAUGUUGUUGAUGAUCGUGAUGAUGUUGAUGAUGAUCGUGAUGUUGUUGAUGAUGAUCGUGAUGAUGUUGAUGAUGUUGAUGAUGAUCGUGAUGAUGUUGAUGAUGAUCGUGAUGAUGUUGAUGAUGAUCGUGAUGAUGUUGAUGAUGAUCGUGAUGAUGUUGAUGAUGUUGAUGAUGAUCGUGAUGAUGUUGAUGAUGAUCGUGAUGAUGUUGAUGAUGGUGGUUGUGAUGAUGAGGGCAAUGAUGAAUCUACUGAUGAUGUUAGUGAUAAAGUACGACAGUGCCGCUUAAAAAAUAAUAUUUGUGGUUACAGGUUUCAAUGGUCUCAUUCCGGUCCAAUACGUGGUUUAGCGUGUAUAAAGUGGUUCGCAAGAAAUGGUAGUAACGGUUGGAAUGAUAACUACCUCUGUGGACAACAACGGCAAAGUAAGUAGAAAUAAAGCAUGCAAAGAAAGUUGGCAAUACGAUCACUGUUUACAAAGUCCGUUUUAUUGGUAUUUGUGGAGUUUAUUGAGCUGACGUUUAGCUAUAAUUAUUACUCAAACUCGAAAAUUCAAUCUAAGGGAGAAAUUUUGACACUAAGAUUAUUAAAAUGGACCAACUAGAACCAAUGUCAUAGUUACUCAUGGCCAGAAAUCACGGGCACAAUUAUCCCUACUACAUCUUGAAGCAAGUCUGCCAACAAGCUGUCAACAAGUUGUGUUCGCACUGCUUGUCCCAAGUUGUCAACAAGUUUGGAACAAGCUGUUAACAAUUUGUAACAACCUUGUUGAUAUUAUCAGACUUGUUGCAAGGUUGUUCCAACAAGUCCGAUACAGUCAUGAUAUAACAAUAUUGUUACAACCUUGUGUCGUCAAACUUGUAACAUUCUUGUUAUAUCACGACUGUAUCAGACUUGUUAGAACAACCUUGUAACAAGUCUGAUAAUGCCAUCAAGCUUGUUACAAGUUGUUAACAGCUUGUUCCAAACUUGUUACAUUUGUAUUAUAAUGCGAUUUUCCGACACUUUUAAAUGUUUAAAAUUUGAUAAUUGUGUUAAUAUAUCUUUGACGUAUUUUUUAAAGCACGCGUAAAUGCUUUAUCAGAAAAAAACCCAUAAAACACGAGCGCGCAGACUUAAAAAAACGACCCAUCUUAUGAGUUCAUUGGCAAAGUAAUUUAAAAAAUCAACGUUGUCUAAGCCGAGAAAAUCAAAGAUAAAUUCUAUGUACUGUUUAAAACGUGAGCAGCAGUGUUUUAUCAGAUGUAAAAUACGAGGCGAAGCCGAGUAUCUUUAGGUCUGAUAAAACACGCACUGCGAAUGUUUUAAAUUGCUUCAAAAACGAUCGAUCUAGUAAGUUCAUUGGCGAAGUAAUUUUCAAAAAAUACGUUGUGUAAAUCGAGAAAAUCAAAGUUAAAGUUUAUGUAAAUCAAGGGAAAUCUCUAUCACCUAUAAAGAUAUGACACGCUUAUGAUUUCUCUUUGUGUUUCCUCAUGAAUGGAUCAUUUGCAUUAUAGACUAAAUUUUGAUCUAGACAAAAAUUUCAUCACAGCUUGAAAGAGCAUCACAAAAUUAGUAAUAUUCCAAAGUUUCGUUGCGAAAUGUUGUAAAAUGCGGAUAAUAAAGCCUUGCGAAAUUUGCAAUUUUUAGUCAUUUUGUAUUACAAACGGGAAAUUGAUGCCCUAACAGCCCAUUGGGCUGUCAAUUUCCCGUGCGUAAUACAAAGUGACUGAAAAACGGCAAACUUCGCAUGGCUAUAUUAUCCGCAUUUUACAACAUUUCGCAACGAAACUUUGGAAUAUUACUAAUUUUGUGAUGCUCUUUCAAGCUGUGAUGAAAUUCUUGUCUAGAUCAAAAUUUAGUCUAUAAUGCAAAUGGUCCAUUAUUAAUGGGUUUUUUUAUGAAUCGUAGAGGUAGCAGCUUUCGCUGCCGUUGUUAAAGAGGCACCACCACAAGCGACCGAGGAUUCUAGUAGUACAGUUGCAAUACAUGGCGCUUGGAGUACAUGGUCUUCCUGGAGUCGAUGCAGCAAGUCAUGCGGUCAGGGUUAUCAACGUAGGAACAGAACUUGUAAUAACCCCACCCCCGCUAAGGGCGGACGGCCGUGUCCUAAUGGCAGAAUGGAAGCGAAAAGAUGUCUCGUUACAGCUUGCCCAACUUGUGAGUUUUCGUCUAUCUCGUGAAAUUUUAGUUAUACACACGCAAAAAUCUCGCAUCUUGUAGCAAGUCUGCCGCCAACAAGCCGUCAACAAGUUGUGUUCGCACUGCUUGUCCCAAGUUGGCAACAAGUUUUAAACAAGCUGUUAUAAACAACUUGUAACAACCUUGUUGAUAUUAUCAGACUUGUUGCAAGAUUGUUCCAACAAGUCCGAUACAGUCAUGAUAUAACAAUAUUGUUACAACCUUGUGUCGUCAAACAUGUAACAUUCUUGUUUAUCAUGACUGUAUCAGACUUGUUAGAACAACCUUGUAACAAGUCUGAUAAUGCCAUCAAGCUUGUUACAAGUUGUUAACAGCUUGUUCCAAACUUGUUACAACAACUGGGAACAAGCAUUGCGAACACAACUUGUCGACAGCUUGUGAACAGAUUUGUAACAACUUGUUUGCAGACCUGUAACAAAUUGUGCGUUUUUACGUGUGUUAGGGUGUGUAUGCAGUACACGCGUGAAAAUCUCAGCAAACAGCUUGUCAACGAGAUGUGUUCGCACUGCUUAUUCCCAGUUGUUGACAAGUCUGGAACAAGUUGUUAUCAUCUUGUAACAAGGUUGAUGAGGCCAACAGACUCGCAACAAGUUGUUCCAACAAGUCUGACAUCGUCUGCACGUAACAAGUUGUUAACAAGUUGAUGACAACAAGCUCGUGGCAACUUGUUACGAACAGCCUGUAUUAGUCUUGUUGGAACAACUUGUAGCAAGUCUGUUACCGUCAUCAACCUUGUAACAAGAUGACAACAACUUGUUCCAGACUUGUCACAACAACUGGGAACAAGCAGUGCGAACAUAUCCUGAUAUUGGCUUAACGACAACCUUGUUACAACUUGUUAACAGAUCUGUAACAAGUUGCGCGUUUUUACAUGUGUAACACAAUGUUGUUUUUUUCUUAGCAUGCCACGCAGUGUUCACAAAAAACCAGGGGAAACUGACUUCACCCCAGUAUCCUAACUACCCACAAAACUCGCGUUGUCAGUGGAUUAUCAGAAUGGAAAAAGGGAAGAAGAUUAAAGUGAAGUUUACGUAUAUACGUUUGAAAGGUAAUGCUUGUGAUAGGCUCCAUUCCUGUAAUAUACAGUUGUCUGAUUAUAAUUCCAUCCCAGUCACAUGUGAGAAGAGUGCUUCUAGGUUUGACUCUACCAAACAGCACAGAUUUCCCUUGGCUACUCAGCUUUCCUCCUGUAGUAUAACUGGAUCGAUAAGAGAUUAUCCUUACUGGAACUCCAGAGCUAUCCAGUAGAAAUAAAGUUAGUUUAGUUUAGGUUUCCUCCUAUAGUAACACUGGAUCAAUAAGAGAUAAUCCAUACUGGACGCCUAGCAAGAACAGUUUAAAAAAACCCAGUUUUUGAAAACGGAAUUCGGGCGUUUGAAAACCAAGUUCUGCCAUUUGUAAAGGGAGUUCUGCCAUUUGAAAAGGGACAAGGGAGUUCUGGUAUUUGAAAAUGGAGUUUUGGCAUUUGUAAAGGGGAGUUCUUGCAUAGCCUAAGAAGAAAAGUAUAGAAUGGAUAGAGCCAGUAUAAAUAAAGUUAGUUUAGUUUAGGUUUCCUCUUGUAGUAACACUGGAUCAAUAAGGGAUCAGAUUCCUUACUGGAUCUCUAUAGGGAGAACAGUUUAGAACUGAUAGAGCUAACCAGCAUCAACAAAGUUAGUUCAGUUUUAUCAAACAUCAGCCGUAAAUGAGGAAGACGCUAUUUCGCUGGCCUCAGAGCGACAAAACGUAACAAAGGAACGGUUUUACUAACACUAAACUUAUUCCAAACACCAAAUCUAACCCAAAUCCUUACCCUAACCCUAACCCUACUCAAAGUUUGUUUCUAAACUAAUAUUGAAGAAAAGGUUUUGACGAAAUGUCAUUCUGAGGUCAACGAAAUAACUUCUCCAAACUUGAUCUUUCCUUCUUUUAGCCAACCGAUCAAGAUGCUCCACAGAUAACAUAAUCGUAAGAAAUGGGGAGAACGGCAAAGCACCAAUCUUGAAACUAUUCUGUAGCAACAAAAAUUCACCUGUGAUUGUUCAGUCGUCGGGCAAUGUGGUAACCCUGCAGUUAAGAACGAGCAACAACCUGCGAACGGGCGGUUUCAAGGCGGAGUGGACUUCUACGAAUAUACGAAAGGAAGGUGGGUGAGAAAUUCUACAGUUUCAGGUGUUGUCGGCAUAGUGGUUUGCGCAUGCGUCUUUCAUUCAGUUGUCUCGUUAUAAUUUCACCUCAAUCACAUGUGAGAACAGUGCUUCCAGUUUGACUGUACCAAAGACAACAGGUUUUCUCUAGGUACUACUACCUUACUGAGCAUGUAGGAAUAAAUAAAGUCAGUUUAGUUUAUGUUUCCUCCUGUAGUAACACUGGAUCAAUAUGAGAUUACUCUUACUGGACCUCUAGGAAGAACAGUUUAGAACUGAUAGAGUUAUCCAGUGUAAAUAAAGUUAGUUUAGUUUAGAUUUCCUUCUGUAGUAACACUGGACCAAUAAGAGAUGACUCUUACUGGACCUCUAGGAAGGACAGUUUAGAACUGAUAGAGCUAUCCAGUAUAAAUAAAGUUAGUUUAGUUUAGGUUUCCUCCUGUAGUAACACUGGAUCAAUAAGAGAUGAUCCUUACUGGACAUCUAGGAAGAACAGUUUAGAACUGAUAGAGCUAUCCAGUAUAAAUAAAGUUAGUUUAGUUUAGGUUUCCUCCUGUAGUAACACUGGGUUAAUAACAGAUGAUCCUUACUGGACCUCUGGGGAGAACAGAUCAGAAUUGAUAGAGUUAUCCAGUAUAAAUGAAGUUUCGUUUUUCUUUCUUCAUUUUUCAACAGUACCGUGUGGUAAACUGUUCACCGGUAAUUCAGGCAGUUUCACUUCACCCCUCUAUCCACAAAAGUACCCAAAUAAAAAGGAAUGUACCUGGGAGAUCCGCGUACCCCUUGAUCGGCUGCUGCAAGUCAAGUUCCAGGACUUCAAUUUGGAAAAGCAUAGCAAGUGUUCUUAUGAUAAAGUGGAAAUUUAUGAUGGUGGCACGCUAAAAUCACCGAAACGCACUUUCUGUGGAGACCAAAAUCCUGGUAAGGUAUAG